UGUUGUAGGUCACCAACCUGACGACCAAAAUCACACUAAAUAACACGACCCAGUCAAAAAUCACCAGAAAUCCAAAAAAUGGAAUAUUCAGAUUCGGAGUGUAACGGGGAAACUUUAGAUAAAAUAUUAAUGUACAAAUGGGUUGAUAUAACCUCAGAAUUUAAGGACGCAGUAACAGAUUUAGAAAUGGGCGAAUUACUACACGACAACUUGUUUGGCCUUUUUGAAGCAAUGUCGGCAAUUGAAAUGAUGGACCCCAAAAUGGACGCUGGGAUGAUUUGUAACAGGGGGGCCCGGAAAGCAAAAACUCUCAGUCAAACUAUUGAGGAAGGUAUAUUACAAUUAGAUAAUUUCUCCUAUGAAAAAAUGAUAGGGAUUAUUGACACUACACUCGCGUGUAUUGUUUCGUGGUUAGAAGGUCAUUCCUUAGCUCAGACCGUUUUCACUAAUCUUUAUUUACAUAAGCCUUACAGCAUAGAAGACAGGACUAUGAAAGCUUUUUGCCUCAUGGUUUACAAAUUGUUGGAAAUAAUUAAACACUUUGUACACAAAGCGAUGGUAUAUGAAGAGGAGGAUUUUCAACCAAUGCAAUACGGUUAUCACCUCAACCCUGACGUCUCAGAACAGAGAAUUAUAGGAAUGUUACGCGAAGUUGAAGAGGAAUUACAUAGGAAAAUCCGAUCAAAACAAUCAUCAAGUGAAAUUCAAGCCGUACACGCGCGUAUUAAAUUUAUGCGAGUAUUUUACCAAGCUUUGACGUUGAUGAGGCGAGAGGACCAGCCCCCUGCUAUUACCGACUGUCAAAGACUCCUCCUCACAGCGUCAGACCAACUCAUUAUCAUGAAAGAAACAGUCAAUUUGGGACUUCAAGCAGGUGAUAACGAGCUAAUUCCCGGUUUUGAGCCUUUAAUAAACCAGCGGUUGUUACCCCCGACCUUUCCUCGCUACACCAAAAUCAAACCGCGGGCAGAGGCUUUAAAUUACUUCUCAGACAUGGUGGACAGGUUUAAAACAAUAACAAAAAUCCAAUCAAUAACAUCAUUACACCAAGUUUUAGAUUUCUUCAUUGACUUUAGUAAAACUAGUCCGUGUUUAUUGUCCCGAUCGGCUCUUCAGUUACUUUAUCAAGGGACAAAUCCAUGCGCCUUGCGUGACAUUUUAAAAGAAGCGGUUAAGACGUUCAUAUGCCCGCCGGCGUUAGUUUCAAAAUCGAUUCUUUCAAAUCAACAAGCAAAAAAGUACGUUGAGUCGUUUUUGGCUCAUUGUACGCGACCUUUUGCCAGUUUUUUGCAGUUGUGCGGCCACAAUAGGGCCAGACAACGAGACAAGUUGGCUCAUUUAUUAGAGGAGUUUACUAAUUUGCAAGAUGAGGCGGAACGAGUCGACGCUUAUUUACAUAAUAUAUCAGUGAAUUCGACAUCGCGUCCCCAUUUGGCCUGCUUUGGGACUUGGAUUUUGUACCACACAUUAAAAAUAAUGAUUAUGUACUUAUUGGCCGGUUUUGAGUUAGAAUUGUACAGUAGACACGAGUAUUAUUACAUUUAUUGGUACUUGUACGAAUUUUUGUAUGGGUGGUUAGUGUCUGCUCUUUCACGGGCUGAUAGUUUCUUGGUCGAAAACGAACUUAUAAAUGAGUUACAAAAGUCGAAAAAUACGUCGAAGAAGAAACCGAAACAUAAAAGAAAGCCAAGACCUUAUAAUCGGGACAUAGUUUAUUACCAGGCUUUACAGAAUAUGUGUGGGGGUUACUACAAAGCUUUGAUGGGCUUCCGGUUGGACGGGAAAUUGACAAUGCCUCACCCUCAAUUCGAUAACGAACAAGUCCGAUACGAGCACCGUUUUGCGCCAUUUCAAAACCUUCUAACGCCACCCCCGGUCCAGUAUUCGGAAUUUCGGGAAAUGACGUCAGUCGAGAGAUUGCAACAGCCUGUUGAUAGUAUUUAUUUUUACGUAACUGGCUGUAAACACUUUCAUCAAGCUCGACAAUUAUUAGAAAAUAUCCAAGCUGAUAGUGAAAUAAGUGAUUUGAUAAAAAUAUCAAAAACUAAUUUUAUUGUUUUAAAGUUGCUAGCAGGGGGGCACAAAAAAGAUUCAGUAACGCCUCCCGAGUUUGAUUUUUCGGUUAACCGUUAUUUUCCAAUUAUCAAGUUGACUUAAUUAUGUUUUGUUGUGCAAUUAUUGUGUUUUGCUUAUACUGUGAUGCUAUUUCUUUAACUGAAUGGGUUUUCUUUGUAAUUUGGUUGGAAAUUUGGGCUUCAAUUGUUUUUUUUUUAUUUGUCGUGGACUUAGAUUUGGUUCGUUGAGAGGUAAUGUGUUUUGGAUUAGUCUAGUUGUUCUGAAUAUAUUUGAAUCGAUUUUAUUUAUUGGGAUGUCAGAAAACUCAUCAUCUGAUUUCGGAUCAUUGUGUCUUUUUAUCUCGUCAAUUUUUUUAUGUAAAGGCAAAAUUGCCGGCGCUAGUAAUCGAAAAACCAUCUGCAAAUAAAUUUUUAUCUUAAUUUUAA